AUGUCCUCAACCUGGUUCAUCACCGGCGCAUCUUCCGGCUUCGGGCUAGACCUCGCCCUCCUCGCGCUCUCCUCCGGCCACAAGGUCAUCGCCACUGUCCGUAACGCAUCCAAAUCCUCCUCCUCUGUAGCGGCAAUCAAAGCGAAAGGCGGCGAGGUCCUCGAGUUCGACGUCACAAAAGCCGAUACUGUUUCAGAUACUGUAGAAAAGGCGAACGCGUUAUAUGGCGGCAUCGACAUUCUCGUCAAUAAUGCGGGGUACUCGCUCUUGGGCGCUGUGGAGGACAUGACAGAUGACGAGGCCAAACUCCAAAUGGAAACGAACUUCUUCGGCCCUUUUCGCCUCAUCCGCUCAUUCCUGCCGACAUUGCGGUCCCGCAAGAACGGAGGCGCGACCAUUGUCAACGUCAGCAGCGUAGCUGGCCAAGAUGCCCUGCCUACAUGCGGCCUGUACGCGGCCUCCAAGUUCGCAUUGGAAGGUCUAUCAGAGGCAUUAGCCCGCGAGGUCGCACCGUUCAACAUCUCCGUCCUCAUCGUCGAGCCCGGCGCAUUCAGGACGAAUUUCCUCUCUGCCGUGCAAAAGACCGUGACGCCGUUGUCUGAGCCGUACAAGGGCGGUCCAGUGGAUGUUGUCCUGGGCAAGUUUGAGGCCGCGCAGGGGAAGCAGAGGGGGGAUCCACGCAAGGCGGUUCAGAGGGUGUUUGAGGUUGUCACUGGGACGGGAGAGGCUGGCGCUCUGAAAGGGAAGAUCCUAAGGCUGCCACUAGGCCCGGACUGUGUGGAGAGGGUUGAGGGCAAGAUGGGGAGAUUGCAAAGUGAUUUUGAUGCUGCACGGGGCGUUGCAAUGGGGACGGAUCUUGACUGA